CUUGCUCAUCUCGGUUGCCUUUUUUACCUUGCUUUUUCCGUUCUGCUUUUAUAUUUUCUCUCAUAGACACACACAACUUAUUUUUUUGCAUCUACAUCCAUGAUAUUUGGAAGCAUAAACUCGUCAGGCGCGAGCAUAGACGAGGUUGAGCACACAACCUCAGCGGCCAGCGAUAUCCUGCUGCCGAACCACACAGGGCGCGUGCAAAAGGUUGCGGUGGAUAUCGGUGGGUCACUAGCCAAAGUAGUCUACCUGACGACCACGUCAGAUGAGAGCGGCGGGCGGCUGCACUUCAAGGCGUUCGAGACAGACAACGUCGACCGCUGCCUGGGGUUCAUCAAGACACUCCUGGAGGAUGGCGGGGACACAGCGCCCACAAUCAUGGCGACGGGCGGCGGCGCACACCGGUUCGGCGACCUUCUGCGCUCGGCGCUCGGCGUCGAGAUCUGCGUCGAGGACGAGAUGCGCAGCCUAACGACGGGGCUGAACUUUUUUAUCCGCGAGGUCGCCGACGAGGUGUUUACGUAUGAGCAGGACAAGCCAAUGCAGUUCGUCGACGGCGGCGAGGCGGCGUUCCCCUACAUGCUGGUCAACAUCGGGUCGGGCGUCAGCAUCAUCAAGGUGACGGGCGAGGGCCAGUACGAGCGCAUCAGCGGCACGUCGCUGGGCGGCGGCACGCUGUGGGGGCUGCUGCACCUGCUGACGGGCGCGCAGAGCUUCGACGAGAUGCUGGAGAUGACACAGCGCGGCGACAACACGCGCGUCGACAUGAUGGUCGGCGACAUUUACGGCACGGACUACGACAAGAUUGGGCUCAAGGCCACCAAUAUCGCGGCGACCAUGGCUGGCGUCUACCGCAAGUCGCUGGGCAAGCAGUACGAGGAGGCCGACAUUGCGCGGUCGCUGCUGUACAUGGUCAGCAACAACAUUGGGCAGAUCGCGUACCUCAACGCGCAGCUGCACGGCAUCCGGCGCAUCUACUUUGGCGGCUACUUCAUCCGCGGGCACCCGCCCACAAUGCACACGCUGUCGUACGCCAUUGACUUCUGGUCCAAGGGCCAGAUGCGCGCGCUCGGCGCAUUCUUCGCCAAGCAGGACCGGUCGGUGCGGUCGCGGGCAUGCUCGGUCACGGAGAACUUCUCGGUGGCCGAGUCGAUUGCCGGGGCCGAGGCCGUGGGCGCGCUGGGGUCGCUGGACUACCAGCCAGCCAAGCUGGAGCCGCUGCCGCAGCUGGUUGACCGGCCACCGCACGGCUACUCGCCCGACACCGUCGACCUGGCCGGCGACGCGCGCCAGCAGGAGUACUGGAUCGCUGCCAUGGAGCGCAACACGCGCGGGAUGCUGGCGCUAGCCGACGACGGCAUGCUGGUGGCCGGCGACCCGCGGCGCAUGCAGGCGUUCGGCACGCUGUACCUGCGGCACCUGCGGCGGCUGCGCGAACAGCCGCUGGCCUACGGCGCCAUGUCCGUGCGCGCGCUCCUGGGCCUGCGCGAGCAGUGCCUGCACGAGGUUGGCCUGGACGACAUCUUCGCGCACGUCAAGCGCCAGGAGACCGACGCGGCGCUGGCGCAGCUGCCGGCGUUCUUGCGCGCGUCCGACGCGCUCGACGACGCCGACGCGCUGCUGCUGCUGGUGCGCAACGUGCUGGCCGGCAACAUGUACGACUGGGGCGCGUCGGCGCUGCGCGACGAGCUGGCGCGCGGCCAGCUGGACUUUGCGCGCGCCAGGGCCCGCAUCACGUGGGUCGACCGGCUGGACGACUCGCACGCGUUCGCGCGCCACGCGCAGGCCCACGCGUACGCGCGCGCCGUGGUGUUUGUCGACAACAGCGGCGCCGACGUGUGUCUGGGCGUGCUGCCGUUUGCGCGGUUCCUGGCGCGGCGCGGCACGCACGUGGUGCUGGCGGCCAACUCGCUGCCGGCGCUGAACGACGUCACGGCGCCCGAGCUGCAGGACAUUGUUGGGCGCGCCGCGGCGGCCGACGCGGCGCUGGCCGAGUGCGUGGCGGCUGGGCGGCUGGUGGUCGCCGGCACGGGCAGCGGCGGGCCGUGCCUGGACCUGCGCAAGCUGGACGAGCGGCUGGUCGCGCUGUGCGCGGGCGUGGAUCUGGUGGUCAUCGUCGGCAUGGGCCGCGCCAUCCACUCCAACUACCGCGCGCGCUUCACGUGCGACUCGCUCAAGCUGGCUGUGUUCAAGAACCAGAUGGCCGCCGAUGCCGCCGGCGCCAACAUAUACGACUGCCUGUGCCUGUUUGAGCGCGGGUCGGGCUGAGCGCGGGUCGGGCUGGGCGCGGCUCGGGCUGGGCGCCGCAUUCUUCCCUUGGGCGAAAGGAAGAGAAAAGUGGGGACACUCGCAGACGCACAAAGGAAAAAGAAGAGUAUUUCCCUCGCCCAGCCAAUGGGCUUCUUGUUUUAUUUUAUUGUUCCUAUUUAUUUAUUUUGGCUGGUGGCAAGAGUGCGGGUUUCAAUGCAGCCCAGCACUGCUGCUUGUUUCGUGUGUCCGCGUGCAGGAAAAGCGUGUGUUUUUUCCCUCACUCUUUCAUUAUUUUUUCUUUUCUGCGA